UGAUCCACCUGCCUCGCCUCCUGGAGUGGGCAUGAGCCACCACGCCCGUCAUGGCUCAGAAUUUAAAAAAAAAAAAAAAACUAUGAAAGGCCGGGUGCGGUGGCUCACGCCUGUAAUCCCAGCAUUUUGGGAGGCUGAGGCAGGUGGAUUACGAGGUCAGGAGUUCAAGACCAGCCUGGCCAAUAUUGUGAAACCCCGUCUCUACUAAAAAUACAAAAAAUUAGCCAGGCAUGGUGGCGUGUGCCUGUAGUCCCAGCUACUCAGGAGGCUGAGGCGGGAGAAUCGCUUGAACCCAGAAGGCGAAAGUUGCAGUGAGCCGAGAUCAAGCCACUGCACUCCAACCUGGGUGACAGAGCUGUGAAAGACAUCAGCUAGGCCGAGUGCGGUGGCUCACGCCUGUAACUCCAGCACUUUAGGAGGCAGAGGCAGGUGGACCACCUGAGGUCAGGAGUUCGAGACCAGCCUGACCAACAUGGUGAAACCCAGUCUCUACUAAAAAUACAAAAUUAGCCAGGUGUGGUGGUGCAUGCCUGUAAUCCCAGCUACUUGGGAGGCUGAGGCAGGAGAAUUGCUUGAACCCAAGAGGCAGAGGUUGCAGUGAGCUGAGAUCAUGCCACUGCACUGCACUCCCAGCCUGGGCAACAAGAGCAAAACUCCAUCUCAAAAAAAAAAAUUAAAAAAUUAAAAAAGAAAGCAGCUAAAAGGGAAAUAGAAAUGUAUUCAGAUAGUAGUGCUAGCAAAAUGCCUGGCACAAAGUAGAUACCCAUUACAUAUUUAUUGAAUGAAUGAGUGUGCUCAUUCACAAACAAUAGCAUAUGAUGUUGCAUGAAAAGAGCAUGGGUUUGAAAUCAGAUCUUAAUUUGUAUCCUAGUCCAUUUACUCAUUCCAUAAAUAUUCAUUAUAUAUGCUUGGAGUACAUAAGACCCUAAGGAUCCCCAAAUGACAGGUGCAGCCCUUGACUUCAUUAACUCACAGUUGAUUGACAGAGUUAGAAAGAAACAGACAGUUGUUCUGCAAUGUGAUAAGUGCUGUGACAAAUUUGUGUACAGAGGUGUAGAUCUAUUAGGCUCACAGAGGUGAUCUGCUCUACCCAGGCCUGAAGGACCAAGAGGAUCAGGAGGAUCAGGGGAGGAGGGUUUGAAAGUAAGGGUGUGUGAGGUGAUUCCAACCAGAGGGAACAACAAGGGUAGAUAUUCAGAGGUGAGUGAGCACAGCUUGUUCAGGGAACUCUAAAUGCUUAAGCUCAUCUAGAGCCAAAGUGUGAUGUGCUAGGUCAGGGGAGGGAAGUGGGGACAGAAUAGAUGAGGCCAGAGUGAUUAAAUAGAGGCCACAUCACAAAGGACUUUGUGUGACAUGCUAAAGAGAUUGGAUUUUAUCGUGAAGGUGAUGGAAAGCAAAUGAAGAAUUUUAAGCAGGGGAGAGACAUGAUCAAAUUUGCAUUUUAGAAAUAGCAACAGCAUGGAGGAUGGGUUGGAAGGAGAUGAGGCUGGGAGCAGCGAGAAUAAUUGAAUAGUCUACUGCAGCAGGAGUGAGGGAGAGAAAGGAGACUAGGUACUCACCAGUUUCUGGUUUGGCAUCUGGGAGAAGACAGCAGUAAAACGGGAAGGAAAGGAAGAAGGUAAGAGAAUGAAUAUGUGUUGAUUUCCUUCCAUGUUUCAAGCACCGUGUAAAGAAUUUUACAUUUUACUACUUUAUUACUUUGUUUAAUCUUCACAGCAAACUUGGAUAAUGAGUGUUAUUAACCCUUUUUUUUUUCCAGGUAAGAAAACUGAAAUUCAGGCCGGGCGCGGUGGCUCACGCCUGUAAUCCCAGCACUUUGGGAGGCCGAGGCGGGCGGAUCACGAGGUCAGGAGAUCGAGACCAUCCUGGCUAACACAGUGAAACCCCGUCUCUACUAAAAAUACAAAAAAAUUAGCCGGGCGAGGUGGCGGGUGCCUGUAGUCCCUGCUACUCGGGAGGCUGAGGCAGGAGAAUGGCGUGAACCCCGGGGGGUGGAGCCUGCAGUGAGCCGAGAUCGCGUCACUGCACUCCAGCCUGGGCGACAGCGAGACUCUGUCUCAAAAAAAAAAAGAAAAAAAAAAAGAAAACUGAAAAUCAGAGAGCUUAACCCAUCAGGUCACAAUCCUCACAGGUGUUUUUCAGACCCUGGCCUGGAAGAGGCAUGUUGGAAGAGGGUGAGGGUAUCAGUUAACCCUGAAAGCCUGUUCACCAUGGGUGCCAGGGGCAUCCUGCAGCAGAUUCCACUCUCCAUCUGCUUUACAGCAGAGACCCUGAAGCCAGGAGAGGGUUUCUGUACACAGAAGAGCAAACUCAAAGCAGUCUGUUCCCAAGGCAACCCCAUCUCAAAGAACUUCAAGGUGGACUUCUCCAAGAAGAACAAGGCUUGGUGUAAUCCCUGGCCCCAGAUACUAAGGGUCAUAAUCCCUAACUCCAAUCACUGGCAACUCCUGAGAUCAGAGGAAAACCAGCAACAGCGUGGGAGUUUGGGGAGAGGCAUUCCAUACCAGAUUCUGUGGCCUGCACAUGACAUGCUGCCUAAGAGAAGCAGGAGAACAGUCAGCAAAAGCAUUGGUCCCACCUGCCCCUUUGCUGGAAGCUGUGAAGUCAGCAAGACUCAGAGGCGCCACUGCCCAGCCUGCAGGUUGCAGAAGUGCUUAGAUGCUGGCAUGAGGAAAGACAUGAUACUGUCGGCAGAAGCCCUGGCAUUGCGGCGAGCAAAGCAGGCCCAGCGGCGGGCACAGCAAACACCUAUGCAACUGAGUAAGGAGCAAGAAGAGCUGAUCCGGACACUCCUGGGGGCCCACACCCGCCACAUGGGCACCAUGUUUGAACAGUUUGUGCAGUUUAGGCCUCCAGCUCAUCUGUUCAUCCAUCACCAGCCCUUGCCCACCCUGGCCCCUGUGCUGCCUCUGGUCACACACUUCGCAGACAUCAACACUUUCAUGGUACAGCAAGUCAUCAAGUUUACCAAGGACCUGCCUGUCUUCCGUUCCCUGCCCAUUGAAGACCAAAUCUCCCUUCUCAAGGGAGCAGCUGUGGAAAUCUGUCACAUCGUACUCAACACCACUUUCUGUCUCCAAACACAAAACUUCCUCUGCGGGCCUCUUCGCUACACAAUUGAAGACGGAGCCCGUGUGGGGUUCCAGGUAGAGUUUUUGGAGUUGCUCUUUCACUUCCAUGGAACACUACGAAAACUGCAGCUCCAAGAGCCUGAGUAUGUGCUCUUGGCUGCCAUGGCCCUCUUCUCUCCCGCUCCCUAUCUUACAGACCGACCUGGAGUUACCCAGAGAGAUGAGAUUGAUCAGCUGCAAGAGGAGAUGGCACUGACUCUGCAAAGCUACAUCAAGGGCCAGCAGCGAAGGCCCCGGGAUCGGUUUCUGUAUGCGAAGUUGCUAGGCCUGCUGGCUGAACUCCGGAGCAUUAAUGAGGCCUACGGGUACCAAAUCCAGCACAUCCAGGGCCUGUCUGCCAUGAUGCCGCUGCUCCAGGAGAUCUGCAGCUGAGACCAGGCUCACUUCCUUCCCCAGCUCACCUGGGACACCCUGGAUACACUGGAGUGGGAAAAUGCUGGGACCAAAGAUUGGGCCGGGUUCAAAGGGAGCCCAGUGGUUGCAAUGAAAGACUAAAGCAAUAA